AUGGUUUCAGUAGAUAUAUCUCCUAAAAAUGAUGGAGGUGUAUUAAAGGAAAUUAUUAAAGAAGGUAUUGGAGAUGAAACUGCACCACCUGGAAGCAAUGUAACAGUACAUUAUACUGGUACUUUGUUGGAUGGAUCAAAGUUUGAUUCUAGUAAGGAUCGUAAUGAACCGUUUACAUUUGAGCUUCAGAAAAGAACGGUCAUUAAAGCUUGGGAUAUUGGUGUUGCUACCAUGAAAAAAGGUGAAGUUGCAAUGUUUAUCUGUGACCCUAAAUAUGCAUAUGGGGCAAAGGGUAGUCCACCUACAAUUCCACCAAAUGCAACUCUUAAAUUUGAAAUUGAAAUGAUUGAUUGGACAGAUGAAGAUUUAAGCCCUGAGAAAGAUAGAAGUAUUCAGAAAAGUCAAAUCACUAAAGGAAAAAAGUAUAGUGUUCCAACAGAAGGAUCAUUAAUGAGCAUACAUUUAACAGGGAUGUAUGAUGGUAAAGUAUUCGAAGAUAGAGAUGUACAGUUCUGUCUUGGUGAAGGAGAGGAUUCUGGUAUUGUGGAAGGUGUGGAAAAAGCCUUAAGCAGCUUCAAGAUUGGAGAAACAUCAAAAGUGAAACUUGCCAGCAAAUACGCAUUUAAAGAUGUAGGAAAACCAGAAUUAGGCAUUCCUCCAAAUGCAACUGUAGAGUAUAUAUUAGAAUUGAAAAACUUUGAAAAGGCUGUGGAAUUUUGGACUUUAAAGGAUGAUGAAAGAAUAGAGCAAGCUAAGAUUUUUAAAGAAAAAGGAACAAACUAUUUUAAGAAAGACAAGUAUUAUUUAGCUAUUACAAUGUAUAACAAAAUUACUGAAGUUUUAACAAGUGGAAAUUUUGAUGGAAGCCUUAAAGAAGAAAAAGAUAGCCUUAUGUUAUCUGCAUACUUAAACCUUGCUCUGUGUUACUUGAAGACAGACAAAAAUGUUGAAGCAAAGAAUGCAUGUAACCAGGCCCUAGAGUUAAAACCAAACAAUGAAAAGGCACUAUAUAGAAGAGGACAAGCUUAUCUUGCACUAGCAUCACCUGAAAUUGCAAUUGCAGACUUCCAGGAGGUAUUGAAAAUAGAACCAAAAAAUACAGCAGCUGUCAAACAGAUUGGAGUUUGUAAUAAUCUUAUUAAGAAGCACUUAACAAAAGAGAAAAAUUUAUAUGCAAAUAUGUUCGAGAAAUUUGCUCAACAAGAUAAACAGAAAGAGGAGAAGCUACAAGAGCAAACGGAUGUGAUGAGCGUAGCAUUGGGUGAAUGGGGACAAGAAGAACGACCUGGAGGCAGAGAUGCAACUGCCUUCGAAAAAGAGAAUCCUAAUAUACUCAUGCUCAAUGCUAAUGGUACUGGCGAAUUUCAGGAUAUGUAAAAUGUUCUUUCCUUUCCUGAUACUGUUUGUUCAUUUUUGGUGUUCUCAUUUUUACCUGCCAACAAUCUGAAGGUUUCAUCAGUUAUUAUUUUCUGAUACCUUUCAAAUUGCGUAUUAUUUCGAUGAUAAAACAUAAAACUGCAUGGCCAUUACAUUUAUGAACUGUGACACAUGAUACAGAGCCUUGUUAUCAAAUUGUACAUUUAAGAAGAAUCACAAAUUUCAUUGAAUGUAAC